CGUCAUAUUGUUGGUAAUAUGUCGUAUUUUGUUUGUGAACAGAUCUCCAUAGUACCAACGUUAAUAGCUUUUAAUAUAAGACAUUCCAUAAAUGAUGCUUCUAACGUGUUUUAAUGACACGGGGGGUUUUCUUUUGUCUACUAUAAUAGGAUGAUGGUCAUCUUAGCUGGAGACUUUUAUUUUGCAGUUUGAUAAAUCAUAACUUGAAGAGAUUGAAAUUAAUGCACGCUGUAUUUACUUUGCAUGACCACAUGAUAUCAACUGCACUGUGUCUUUAUGUAAACACACACACGAAACAGGGAUAAGAUAAACACAAAACGCCCAAAUUAAGAGCUGUUUAAGAUCGUGUUUACUUUAGCGAACGACAACUCAGUUAAAAUGCGUCGUCUGUUUCUGUUGGUGUGUGUGGCAGUGCUCGUGCAGUGUCAAAAAAAUGUCGCGAGAAAUCCAUGGCGGGAUCACAACAUCGAGAUAGGAUGCACGACAGCUGAAGAAAGUAAAAACAUAGACGAACCUGAUUGUGGAGUCGCAACUAUUAAAGUUAAAUAUUGUGUCGGCUACUGUCCGUCAGCAACGCAGUAUAAACAUGUUUAUCCAUUUUACGAAUCAAAAUGCACGUGUUGUAAAGCGAAAAAGAUGAGAACAAGGUUGCAUUCUAUCAAAUGUGAUGUUAAAAGUGACGGCAAAGAGCGAACCAAAGUCGUGCCAGUCGACGAAGUUGCAGAGUGUAGUUGUCGUGCUUGCGCUCCAAAGAAAAGACGUUCUACAUUGUGAGAGAAAUACAAUCUUAAAUUUAUUGUCGUUUAUUUUUAUUUGCCUCAUUAGAAGUGCUGAAUUUUAUUAGGAGCUCUUUUAUUGUAUAUACUGCAUAUAAAAAAGAGAGAAAAUAUAAGAGCGAAA